CUGAAACAUUCUGGUUCGGCCAUUUGAAUUCAGUCACCGCUGGAUUUACCUUGAGUGACCCGACGGCAGUUUUAUCGUAUUUCACAUCAACGUUUCAAAAGCUGGGAUUUCUUUUCAAAGAUGUAACUUUCACCAGACAUAAACUCAGAUUGUCAGCACACUGACCGGCCUUUCUUAGCAGCUGACCAGCCUACUGACCAGCUGACCAGCCUACUGACCAGCUGACCGGCCUACUGAGCAGCUGACCAGCCUACUGAGCAGCUUAGUCUCAGUGGUCACUGACCUGCUGACCAAAUAUGGGAAGGUCAGCCCAGUCUCACUUGACCCCAGCAGUCCUAUUGUUGCUGUUGUGCUGCCAGUCAUACAGUGCAGCCUCCAGACUUAGGAGGGCAGUGACCAACGUCACCUACACCAGCUCACCUAUUGCUGAAAAUGUUAACAACGAUGUUACACUUUUUGACCUGAACACUGUUGCUCCUAACAGGAGAUUUGAAGUGACUGAUAACUCAGCCAAAAAAUCCAACAUGUUCUCCACCGCGAAUGGCAGGCUGACACUCAGCCCCUCACUAUCCGCCACAGACAGGAAGCUGCUGGACUAUGACAAGUAUCCAGAUUUUUUUGUAUUUGUCAGAGCUACCAAUAUAUCAGAUCCUAAUGAUAUCUUGCAGAUGAGCAUUGUGCUGAAGUUGACAAACGUUGAUGAUGAGCCACCAGUAAUAACAAACAAACCACAGCCCUACCUGGCCACACUUUCCACCUCUGCAGCACCUGGCACUGUGGUCUACAUGCUGACCGCUAGUGACCCAGAUUCAGAUCUUACAAGAUUAAAGUUUGAGAUCAAAAGUCAAUCUCCCUCUACCAGCCCCAGCAGAUUUAUCCUGGGCCAAACUGACGGGAUCCUAAAGACUGUGGGGGAGGCGCCCUUUACAGCUGGGAUAGAGUUCACUGUCACGAUAUCUGUAACUGAUCCGGCAAACAACAUGCUGACGGCAGAUAUCAAAGUUUUGAUUGGUCAAAGACCCCCGCAGUUCUUCUCUACUACAUACACUGGUCAAAUCUAUGAAAGUGUUAAACCAGAGGACCAUAACAGGGUUCUAGAGAUGAAUGGUAGCAUCCUUGUUGUGAGUGUCAAGCAGUUUCAGACGGGUCCAGUCCAGUUGUUGCUUGCUGACCAGAGCUCAAGUCAGCCAUAUGCACAAUACUUUGACAACCCAUCUGUAGUGUCUGUUGCAAACUCAGUUUACUCAUUUAAUAUUCAGGGGGGAAAGACCAUUGACUACGAGAACGUGAAGUUGAUGACACUUGUGAUGGUGGCUAAAGAAAUAAACACUGGCUUGUCCAGCACUGUUUCUGCUGUUAUAAAUGUUCUGGAUGAGAAUGAUAAUGCUCCAGUGUUUGGGCUGGCACAGUACAGCACUAGACAGCUAGAAAAUGUGGCAAUCAACAGCACUAUCCUUACAGUGACGGCGACAGAUAAAGAUUCUGGUCCAAAUGCUGAACUAACAUUUUCUGUGGAGGAUGGCAACUUUACAGUGGACACAACCAAAGAUCCAUCGGGCAGUGGCUAUCUCGGGGCUAUCAAGCUUAGAAGAGCACUGGACUAUGAGUUGACCAGAAAAUAUGAAUUUAAAGUGAAAGUUACAGAUGGUGGCAAGAGUCCAUUAACUUCUGAAGUUCUGGUAGAGGUCACAGUGGACAAUGUAAAUGACAACAGUCCAGUCAUUGACAACAGCACGAAUAAAUUCUCCCUGAAUGAGACCGCUCCAAUCAAUUCUAUUUUGGGUAUCAUUCAGGCAUCAGAUGCAGAUGGGGACAAAAUUAACUUUUACUUAAAUACCCCAAACCAAACAGUGUCUGAGAUCUUUAAGAUUGACGCAGCCUCUGGCCUCCUGCAGCUAAACAGUGCCAUCCCCAAGAGCAAAGACUACUAUCAGCUCACAGUGCUGGCAGUGGACUCUGACACCUGCUGCUCUGUUAAGGUUGGGAGCAGAACAUCUUCUGCCUUCUUCACGGUCAACAUCAUUGAUGUCAACAUCAACAAGCCUAACUUUAAUGAGUGUGCUAUCUAUGACAUCAAUGCCAAGGUCAAGGAGAAAUCACCUAUCGGGACUAAAGUUAUUCAGGUUCGAGCCUUUGAUCCAGACAGGGGAGAGAAUGGCAAGGUGAUCUAUGCUAUCGCCUCACCAGAUCCCUCCAAAGAUGGGCCUUUUGUUAUAGAUGCCAACACCGGUAACAUUACAGUACAGAAGGACAUUGUCAGGCCAGGAGAAGGCUACAUUCAGGUGACUGUAGUGGGCAGGAACCCCAGCAUAAUUCCCAUGGAAGGAUGGUGCACAUUUAAAGUCAACAUUCAGGACAUCAACGACAACCCUCCAAAGUUUACAGCUGACAAUUAUAAAAUUGACAUUUUAAUAACAACCCCAGCAACCAGUGCCAUCCGCCAGAUGGUGGCAACAGAUGCUGACGUGGGACCCAAUGCCAACAUCACCUACUCAUUCUACAACAGAUCAAAUUACUUCUCCAUCAACAGUCAGACAGGUGUCAUCCAGCUCACCCAGUCCCUCACUAAUUUAGGACAGGCAACUACCUUUACGUUGUUUGUGGUAGCCAAUGACAACGGCAUUGACCCUGGUCCACUCACAGGAAAUACUACGGUCACCAUCGCAGUCAACACAGCUAAUAGGACAUCUCCAGUAUGGCAGAACCUUCCAUCAACACUUGAGUUCAACGUUAUUGAAAGUGCCAGCUAUGGGUAUGUGAUAGCAACAUUUAGGUGCCAGUCCAACGCUGCCAACCCUAAAGUAGAGUUCCUGGUCUAUGAGUCAAUAGAUCAGACCUCCAUCACAUUUGUCCCCACACCCUUGAACGACACUGCUAUGAAUUUGACACUAAGCAACAGAUUGGACUACCUGGUACAGAAACAGUACAGGCUGACAGUUGCUUGCCAGACCCUGGAUGGUUUCCUGUUGCGCACUGACAUCAACCCAGUUAUCAACAUCAUCGAUGCUAACAACCAGAAACCCACCUUCCAAGGUUUAGGCAGCAAUGACCGGUAUGUAGGGACCGUGCCAGAAAAUGCUUUGCCAGGAGCUCUGGUCAUCCAGGUCUCAGCUGAUGACAGGGAUGAAACACUACUUUUUAGAACUGUGACAUUUGUUUUUCUGGACAAUGAGACUUUCUUUGACAUCCAACCUGCUGGCAUGAAUCGAGCUGAGGUGAAAACUAAGGUUACAUUUGAUAGAGAACUAAGGGACAGCUUUUCUGUUGGGGUCAAGGCCAGUGAUGGCGCACCUGCAGCUUAUCCUGCUGGCAGCACUGAACCUAAUUCAGUUGUGCGUUACAUAGACGUGACAAUAUUAGAUGUCAAUGACAACCCGCCAUAUUUUGAUCAGCUAAAUUACACAUGCAGCAUCUCAGAGGCGGCCAAUGUUAAUGAUCGUGUUUGUAAUGUCGUAGCCUUGGACGUGGACACAAUUGAUGCUGGAAAAUUGACCUACCGUUUCAACUCUGGAAAUGUGAACAAUGCAUUCUCCAUCACUUCUAUGAUUGGGGAAAUCAGAGUAGCCAGAAAACUGGACUAUGAAAAUCCAACUGAACCAAAGGUUUAUGGCAUGCAGCUUCUGGCCAUUGACUCAGAUAGUCUGCACACUGCCACCACCUCAGUCUACAUCUCCGUACUAGACGCCAAUGACAACUCACCUGAGUUUAGCAUGAGCAGGUAUGUGUCCGUCAAUCAGGUACAAGAGGAGGACACAAACAACUCACCUGACCGUCCAUUCUUCUUGCUGCAGGUGACAGCAACAGACAAAGAUGUCGCCCGUCCUGAAACUUUAAUACGUUACUACCUGAUGGGAGAUGUCGUCAAUUUUACCAUCGAAGCUGAGACAGGAAAAGUUUUCCUGAUUGGUUCCCUGGACAGAGACCGUGGCAACCCAAACUACACCUUCACUGUUAGAGCUGAGGAUGAGAGGGUUAAUCCUAACUAUGGCUACGCUGAGAUUGUUGUCAGUCCUAUGGACAUCAAUGACAACAGCCCUGAAUUUGUUGAGGCUUACCUCAUUGGCAACAUUCAAGAAAAUUCACCACCUGGAACCCUGGCCUUGACUGUGUUGGCCAGAGACCCAGAUGCAGGAGAAAAUGGCACAGUGAGCUACCAAAAGUACGCCCAACAGAACUCCAGCAUUAGCUCCUUGUUCAACAUCAGCAGCUCAGGCCAGAUCGUAACAGCAGGACCCCCCCAGCUCUAUGACAGGGAAGAGAAUGACUUUUUCAAGCUCAUUGUGGAGGCCUAUGAUGGGGGCAGGCCUUCACGUACUGCCACGGCGACUGUCACCAUCAACUUGAUAGACGUCAAUGAUCAGGCACCUUACUUUGAGAAGCCCUUGUACAGUGCCACCAUGUCCGAGGCUCUCAAGGCUGGCUCAGUUCUGGUCGUACCAGCCAUUGAUAAGGACAAGGACCCCAGCAACAGGCAGCUGACUUUUUCUAUUGUGGGGAGUAACAGGUUUUUCAUGGUGACCACAUCUGGACAGAGUGCCAACAUUCAGCUGGCCAAUCCUGUGGACUAUGAAAGUGACCCUCACAGUUUUACCUUCACCCUGACAGUGACUGAUGGAAUGGCUGGCCACCAGAACUCCACCCAGAUCCAGAUCAACGUUACAGAUUACAACGACAACGCCCCACAGUUUAAUGGCACUGACCAAAGUAUUACCCUGGUGGAGGAGGAGAACCCAGGCAAAGCCAUUGCCACUUUUUUUGCUACAGAUGCAGACUCUGGGAUCAAUGCCCAGUUUGAGUAUUCCAUAGUGCGCAGCUCAGACCCCAGGUAUGAGUUUUACAUUGACCCCAGCUCUGGAGUUGUGUACACAAGGAAGAGAUUGGACAGAGAGGUGGCCCCCUUCAUGGAUUUGGUCAUUAUGGCCAAGGAUAAAGGUGAGAUUCCACUGAACAGCACAAUAAAGCUGAAGGUGACUCUAAUAGACAUCAAUGACAACGCCCCAUCCUUUGCAAAAGACUACCAGCCCCAGGUGACAGAGAAUGAAAACCUCUCCAACAAGCUGGUGGUGGAGAUUUUUGCUUUCGACCCUGACACGGAGGCAUAUGGUCCUCCAUUUGGCUUCAGUGAGAUGUGUUCUGUGCCGGCUUGCUCCAAGUUUAGUAUCAAGUUUAACCCAGCCAAUGACAAUGGUCGGGGUACAGCAUCAAUCUUCACAAGCAGCACGUUUGAUAGAGAGGAGAGUAAAUAUUAUUACCUACCCAUUGUCAUGUGGGACAUGAGAGGCAAGUCCAGCAACAUCUCAAUGACAGCCACCAAUACGCUGACCAUCACUGUAGCAGACAAGAAUGACAACGACCUCAAACCAGGAAAUCAAGAGAUUUUAGUCUACGAUUAUCAAGGAUUGUUUGGUGAUGUAGAAAUAGGGAGGGUGUACGUUGAAGACCCAGAUGACUGGGACUUACCAGACAAAACUUUCUCUAACUUGCGCCCAAGUACCAUGCAAAAUUACUUCAGUGUGUCACCAACUAAUGGGAUGAUCACCAUGAAGAAAGGAGUGCCUGUAACUGCUGCCAACUCACCAUACAAGUUUCAGGUGGAUGUUUAUGACAAAGUCUGGCAGAAAACUGUCACGUCCACUGUGUCUGUGACAGUACAGGAGCUAAGUGAUGAAGCUGUGUGGAAGUCUGGUGCUGUCAAACUUUCAGGCAUCUCAUCAGAAGAAUUCAUCAAGCCCUCCAGUGGCUCCAGCAUGUACAGCAAGUUUAAAGCCACCAUGGCCACCAUCCUUGGCUACCCUAGCCCGGACAACGUACAGAUUGUCUCACUGACUGACGUUGGUGAGAACUUGGAUGUCAGGUUCUCUGCUCACGCCAGUCCUUACCUCAGCGCGUCACAGAUAGAGAGUGCUUUGAUGCUCAACCAGGACCAGUUUGAGAAAGGUGUUGGUGCUAAAGUGCAGCAGGUUCCCAUCAACCUGUGUGUGCAGGAGGUUUAUGAUGAUGGCUGCACAACCUACUACAAUGUCACUGGUCAGCCAAGACUGGUCAACUCCAAUGGCACUAGCUAUGUGGUCAUGUCUACCAGCACCACUGCUCAGAUGGGAUGCCUGGACUCCAUGUUCCCUGACCCAGUCCAGUGUAGGGGAGACUACUGCUUUAAUGGUGGCACUUGCAUCCAAGAUGACUGGAACAAACUCAGCUGUGAGUGUAUGCCUGGCUUUGAUGGGCCCAGAUGUCAACAAAGACGGCACUAUUUUAAUGGGACAAGCGUCUCCUUCUAUAACACAUUAUCCCUGUGCUCAGAGGGCCGCACCAGUAUAGAGUUUAUCACCACACAGGAGAAUGGUGUCCUCAUGUACAGUGGUCCUGUGGACAACACACCACAGUCCCCCUCUGAUUACAUGCAACUGGAACUGUUUGAAGGAUAUCCUGUGCUGACAGUCAACUAUGGAUCCCAGGAGCUGACCAUCAGGCUGAAUGGAACCACUGGUACCCCCAGGCUACCUAAACUUAACAAUGGCGCCUGGCACAGGAUAGACAUUGAUAAGUUCAAUAAGCAAGUGACCAUGACUGUUGACCACUGCAUGCUGGUCAUCAACAGUAGCACUGAUGGAAGAAUCCAAGACUGGAGCUCAUGUCAGGUCACGGGCACCGUGCCAGGCACUGAAAUGUUUUUAAAUGUCGAGUCAUUCCUGCAGCUGGGUGGCCGCUAUCAGAGGUCUGCCACCGACAAAGUUGGAUUUAAUGGAUGCUUGCGCAAUCUCAUGCACAACUCCAAGCUUUAUGACCUCUACUACAAGCCCAUCCCUAACUGGAUGUCUGGAGACAAUGGUUGUCAGAGGGAAGCCACAGUUUGUGGGGAGGGACUUGCCCAGCCUGUGUGUGGUCAACUGGCUAGCUGUGAGUCCCAGUGGUCUGGUGCAGGUGACACAGUGGCCAAGUGCAGGUGUCAGCCUGGCUGGUAUGGUGACAAGUGCUCCAAGGAGGCCCCGACCUAUGACCUGCAGAAAAACAGCUACAUCCAGUGGAGUGUUAGCGCUAACCUCAUCAGUCAAUUGAUGAAAGAGACAAGUCUGCAGAUGACCUUCAGGACCAGGCAAAAGACUGGCACUUUAUUCAUUGCCACAGACGCCUCUCAGAACAUUUUCUUACUGCAGCUUGUGAACGGCAUCCUGACCCUGCGCUACAACAUGGGAGCAGGAGAGAGCCAACUCUCCCUGAGUGACUCCCCAGCCAACACUGGCCAGUGGCACACUGUGCUGGUGCAGAGGUUUGGUUCAGAGUUUGUUCUGCUCAUGGAUGGCGGAGAAGGCAGAAACUUCCAGCUGCAGCCAGCAGACAUAUCCACCAGUGCCUUCUUCAGGCUCACCUCACCACUCAAUGUUGGGGCUCGUGUCCAGCCUAACAGUAAUGGAGCUGAUGUCAUCACUGACGACUUGGCUCAGACUUGUGUCAGAGAUAUUCGGCUGAAUGACAACUGGCUACCAAUGACAGCAUCUCAAACUUCUCAAGUUGCGGGUCUAAGUUUUGUCAAAUCUUCCAGUCUUGUCAGUGGGUGCAACAGGACAGACUGUGGUACUGGGGUUGUCUGUCCUGUCAACACUGAGUGCCACCCGCUCUGGGAGGCCCACGACUGCCGGUGUGUGCCUGGCUACAACAGUGUCAGUGGAGUCUGUGUCAGUGUUUGCCAGCCUAAUCCAUGUUUCCAAGGAACUUGUACUGUGGUCAGUGGCAAGCCAACAUGUGUCUGUCCAUCUGGCAUGACUGGUCAGUACUGUGAUCAAAUGGCAGUUGUUGAUGAUUCCAGCCUCUCUGGUGGAGCCAUAGCAGGAAUUGUGAUAGCAAUAAUUGUGCUUUUGGCACUGCUCCUGGCACUUUUGAUAUUUGUGUGUGUGAGAAGUAAAGAUGAUGAGAAAGAGAAAAACAUCUUAGAAGUGGACCCUGACGAUGACUUUAUCAGAGAAAAUGUCAUGUUUUAUGACGAAGAAGGAGCUGGUGAAGAGGACCAUGAGGCAUAUGACAUCACACUUCUGCAAAGGCCAGGGAUGGAAACCUCUGCACGCCCCAAUGAAUAUCCAGACAAAAGAGAUGAAAUGAGCAGAAGAAAUGCCCCUGAAUAUCAGAUGCGUGACCCGUAUGAAAAGCUGGAGAGACCAGAUGUUGGAAGUUUUAUCAACGGCAGAAUCAAUGAUGCAGAAAAUGAAGAGCCGUUUGGUGACAGCACACAUGAGUUUAACUUUGAGGGAGGAAACAGUGAUGCUGGCAGUCUGAGCUCCCUCAACACCAGCAGCAGUGGUGGGAGCCAGGACUACGACUACCUCAGUGAGUGGGGCCCAAAGUUUGCCAAGCUUGCUGACAUGUAUGGGGCAGGACAAUCUGAUUCUUGAGCUGCUGUCUUGUUUCAUUACUUUUUUGUUAACACUUUUUUACUGUUAAAAAAUAGACUGUAAAUAAUUUGAUGUUUUAAUCAACCCAUUUUUGUGUGUAAAUAGAUGGACUAUAUAAUAUCAUGUGGGCACAAUCUCAGUGAUAACCCUACCACAUUUACAUAGUAAUUGCCUCUUAUGCCUUAUUUUUCUACCAUUGCUAUGCAUUAUAACAUUUACUCUUCAAAUUAGCAUAAUCUAAGAUAAGUUGAAUCUGGACCAAUAAGCAGCAGUUCUGUAAUUAUAAUCUUAUCCCCUUUAAACAUUUUAUACAAUUAAUUUUUUUGGGGCAGCAUAUGUCAACUCCUUUUGUAAAGUUCAAUGUUUUAUUUGCUUUGUAAAAACAAGAUAAGCUUUCUUAAUAUAUUUGUACUUGAAACAUUCCAUUCAUCAUUAUAUAAUAAACAAAACAGAAGACUGAGAUGGUCUUUUUCUAUGAAUUAUGUGAAACUGUUUUGUUACCUCACAUUAAAAUCCAUGCAGUUGAAUUAGCUGUACUUUUUUCUAGUAA